AUGGCCGCCGCCGUGACCGAUAUGGCCCGCCCCUACACGCUUAGCCAAAUACUGGUAGAUCUCGUCAAGUUCGCCGUGGGUUCGGCCAUCGACGGCUCUCGCAAAAUUAUCCCAGGUAGAAAGCAAGUAGAUAAGAUGGUGCCAGAAGGAUUAAUGAACAUACCCUUGCCAACCACUGUAAAUACCCAGAAACAUCCUAAUUUAAAGGUUUCAAAUGACCUUCAUUUUGAGACAAAAAUGGAGGAAGUGAAGGAAGACAUGAAUAGCAUAAAGCAGCGGUACAAAACUUCAACCGAGCGUUUUGAGCACUCUCAGCCUCCAAACAAAUCAGAUGAUGGCUUAAAGGAAAUCAAUCUCGUGCAGGGCAAUGGAAGGAGAGUAUUCAUCCGAUCUCGUCUAUAA